AAGUGAAACAAGGGAGUGGAUCCAUCAAAAAAAGAAGAAGAAACAAGGGUGUGAAUAGUCUUUUAACGAAUAGAUAUUAUAGCGUAUUGGAUAGGAAUUAGGAGGAACUUUGACUUGAAAUCCACAUUUGAAGCUUUCAAAUUUUCCUUGCAUACUGAGACAGUUCAUCUGAUGCAUUGUAACUCUCAUUUCUGCAUAUCUUGUUGGAUUCUUGAGCUUACAUCUGCAGCUUCCAUCUAGUCUCCAAGUUGUCAUAGCUUAUAAUGAAAAUCCUCCAGAAUUUUUUGAACAGUCCCAUUGGCCCUAAAACAACACACUUUUGGGGCCCUGUUGUGGGCUGGGGCAUUCCUAUUGCAGCAAUGGUCGACACAAACAAACCCCCAGAGUUGAUUUCUGGCAAUAUGACAACAGUUAUGUGUGUUUAUUCAGCAUUGUUCAUGAGGUUUGCAUGGAUGGUACAGCCACGGAAUCUCCACCUUCUUGCAUUGCAUGCCGCGAAUGAGAGUGUACAGCUCUAUCAGCUCUCACGUUGGUUGAAAUUUCAAGGGUUUCUUGGUGACAAAAGCUUGCAGCAGAAGAACGAGGAAGCUGAAACAUAGUGAUUCAGAGAUGGUUGAUUUAUAUUUUCUUUGUCGAAUCUUUGAAACAUAGUGAUUCAGAGAUGAUUGAUUUAUGUUUUCCUGGGCCUAAUCUUUUGUAUAUAAUUUAUCAUAACUGGACGAUUUGCUUCUUUUCUCAAGUGGUUUUCAGCCGCAAUUUGUUUCAUAAAUAAAGUGAGAAAAUAU